CACUUCGUGUUCAGCAGCAUCUUUCUGCGGAUCUGCACCCCGUACUUUCUGACUCUCCUCCUCCAAACGGUGGAACAAAUAGCAAAAUUGGAAAAAAGAAGCAGACAUUAAAGCCGUGAGCUUCUUGUUUCGCGGUAGGAGCAUUUCAUACGACUGAGGUGCUUGUUUUGUUUCUUUCCCCCCACCCCCUCGUCCUCGGAGGGUUUUUGAGACCACUCCAAACACCAGACCGCAGGACUUCUCUCGUUGACUUCACACUCUCACAAGGGAAAAAAAAUGGGGAAACAGAACAGCAAGCUGACCCCUGAAGUGAUGGAGGACCUGGUGAAGAACACUGAGUUCAACGAGCACGAGCUGAAGCAGUGGUACAAGGGAUUCCUGAAGGACUGCCCCACCGGCCGGCUAAACCUGGACGAGUUCCAGCAGCUAUACGUCAAGUUCUUCCCUUACGGCGACGCGUCCAAGUUCGCCCAGCACGCUUUCAGGACCUUCGACAAGAAUGGCGACGGCACCAUCGACUUCAGAGAGUUCAUCUGCGCGCUGUCCAUCACAUCGCGAGGCAGCUUCGAGCAGAAACUCAACUGGGCCUUCAACAUGUACGACCUGGACGGAGACGGCAAAAUCACACGGGUGGAGAUGCUGGAGAUCAUCGAGGCGAUCUACAAGAUGGUCGGCACGGUGAUCAUGAUGAAAAUGAACGAAGACGGCCUGACGCCCGAGCAGAGGGUGGACAAGAUCUUCUCCAAGAUGGAUAAGAACAACGACGACCAGAUCACGCUGGAGGAGUUUAAAGAGGCGGCCAAGAGCGACCCGUCCAUCGUACUACUGCUGCAGUGCGACCUCCAGAAAUAGGCCGGGACGCGGCGGAGAGAGCGCCCCCACCAGCCACCACGGACUGCACAGAAAGAAUUUCAUGUUCCAUUCAGUUUGCAGCUAUUUCCACUGAAAAAAAAAAGAGAAAAAAUUAUAUGCUUGGACUACCUUUCAAUGGAUCUGCUUCUUGUGUUUGAAACACUCGUGUGCAUGAGAAUGUUAUUUGCUAUGAAACAAAAACAUCGACACACAGCAUACAGCGGUGUGCGGGUGCACACCAACGCCACAAAACCAACACCUGCAAACACACACUCUCCCACACACAUCUCUACAUAUAAACAACUUGCACAAAUAAUAACUAUAUAUAUAUAUAUAUAUAUAUAUGAAGAAAUAUAAAUAUGAAUAUAUAUUAAAAUUAUUUAUAGAUCAAAUGCCAAAAUGUGAAGUGUGCAAAAGUAUUUUCCAUUCAGUUUCAUUCUWCCAGAGCUUGCGCAUCAUGUGAUGUGCUGACGUUGAAUUUGCCGUUACUCUAUUUAUUGUUCCGAGUUUACCRAUGCUAGCUGUGCGUGUUUCACCAAACCUGUCGACCGAACCGAACUCCUACAACAGCGUACCUUCUUCCAGUACCCCCCAUCCGUCUUUUCAAAURUUAGCUCUAGACGAGGCGGAUUAGCCCGAGUUUUCCCACCGAAACGAGCCUGUACCGUCCACCAAUACAGUCAAUGUUGUUCAUUUGCAUGCCUUUAGGUUCUGCCUUAAAAGUCGAAUUUCCACCCGGCGAUUGAAGACAGAAAGCCUUAUCAACGCGACGCAGUGACUCUUGAGGGGAGACAGUUUUUUUUUUGUUGUUGUUGUUUUCGUUUUUUCUUUUUCAAAAUAAAUCAGCCUGCGCUAAGUCCUCCUACGAGUAUCCUUGUACGGGUUGUAAGCUCUGUGAUCCGUUGAGACCUUUUCUUUGGAUUGCUUUUAACUGUGGGAGCAUGUUUCCUUGUAGAUUAGCUGUGCUACAUGUUGCUGAGACCUAAAUAUCCCGUGCCCGAUGUGCAUUUGAGCACAUUAAUCUCGUUACAAGUUGGCCGACGCUGAGCGAUGAGGACUGUGUCGUUUUGGACGAGAGCUAAACUAGCAGAACUCCGAGGUAAACCCAAUGAAGGCGACUGAUUUAGGAUUGAACAGGCUGGAGUUACAUUAGGAAAAUUACUCUGAUUCAACUCUCUUUACUUAUUUGUCACAUUUAGUUCAUUUUGGCUCAGAGGUUGCAUAUCGUUACAAGGAAUUAAGAGUGUUUGAGUAUUAAAGUAGCCCAGAGGCGAGGUGUUUGUGGUGUUCCCAGAGGACCGCUCUUAAGGUCAAGAUUUUCUGUUCAGUAGGUUUUUACAACUUGCCCUCUUCGGCCCCUCAAAGUAUUUCUCUUUUACCAAUCAGUCCGAUUUUUGUAUGUUUUUUACUCCCUUUGUUUCAUACGUUCUACACAUCGAAGUCCAGUGAAGUAGUACCUCUCAACGGUGACAUGACUAACUUUGCUUGCCCCAGUAUAUUCCAGACUUUAUGUAUUUGUUUAGUGGGAUAACAGAAGAAAGAAGCAGAUUUGGCAAUAAAGAUUUAUCAUGUUAGUCUAUCUUUGUCCGUUCAGCAGUGUGGAUUGUAACCCUGGUAAAGUGUCUAAUCUGAGGCCUGAUGAUGUUUCUAACUAUGACUCUGUUACUGCUGAGAGGAUACCAAGUCAAAGGAAUGGCAACAGUGUAAAAAAAAAAAAAAACAAAAAAAAAACUAUUCUUUUGUAGCAUGUAUUGUGUCCCUGACGACAUGGCUGCACUACUCCCUGUGUUGUGAUUUAAUCUAAUAAAAUAAACUCUAUGGGCA